CUUCUGUGCUUCGAGAGGAUAUCGUUGAUCUUUGUAACAUGAACGAAGUGAAAACGUUUACAUUGGUGGUCUAUAUGAUGUACUUGUAUUCGUCUGUUAGUGGUUCGAAAGAAAAUAUGCAGUAUGUCUUUGUAGAUCCGUCCCUAAUCUCUUCUGGAAAUACACAAGAAUCUCGAAUUCGAAACUUGUGUAGUAGAUUGAUGGUGUCCAAACCCGACCAAGUAGUUCUUGCUCCUUUUAAUCUCGGGGGUCAUUGGGCACUGCUUGCUAUAAAUGCGUAUGAGGAUACAGUGUUUUACCUUGACUCGCUAAGGACGACAUCAAAAGCAACUACAAGAUAUGUAACCGACACAGCAAUAGCAAUAUUUCACUCGCAAAAGAACAUUAAUAAAAGCAGGAAACAAACUUUAUGGCGAACAGUAAAGUGUCCACUACAAGUCGGGAGCACUACGUGUGGAUACUAUGUCAUGAAGUAUAUGAGAGAAAUUGUAAAUAGGGGAAGCAUUGUCAUCUCGGAUUCGAUUGAUACACGAAAAUCAUACUCACAAGCCGAGUUAGAUGAGGUGUGGGUUGAGUUGGUAGAGUUUUUGGGUUCGUACAUGUGAUCUAGGACUUAUGACGUCAUCUCUGAAAAAGGAAAUUAACUUUAUUUUUUGUGGCUGAUUUUUUGAAAUGUUCA